AAUAGGGAGAAAAAAAAAUAAAAUGAGGAGGAGCGAUGAAGAGGAUGACACAAAAAACUCGACAAGGGAGGGACUCCGAAAGGAGAAAAAAAUAUAUACCCAUGUUACUUCCUCACACCCUCCAUCCAUCUGAAGCCGUCAACAUGAGAGCUGUUGUGAUGAUCUGUCUGCUGCAUUCGGCCCUUCCAUACGGGUGGGUCGACCCUGGGGGGCCCUCACCGCCUCCAGACGUGCCAGGCAGCGGGUGCAUCACGGACCGAGGUUCCUGUGGAUGCUGCUUCAUGUUGAAAGAGGUGAACAGAAUGUCGACGUACUUUAACACGACUUUGAACGCGUUGGAGAAGGAAUACGCACAAGCAAAGCGCAGCUUGGAGAAGAUCGAAGGCAGCCGCUGCGCCUUCUCCGUCGCGCUGACCGACCACCCCAAUUUCUUCUGCUUCGGCCCCUUCGCCGCCGAGAAGCUCGUCACCUACCAGCACGUCUUCGUCAACGUGGGCGGCGGCUACAGCCCGGCGAGCGGCGUCUUCACCGCCGCGCAGUCGGGCGUCUACAGCCUGGCCCUCACCGCGUUCGGGGACGCCGGCGCGCCCGGGGUGCCCCUGGCCGCGUGCGCCGACCUGCUGGUCAACGGCCGCGCGGUGGCGGCAGCGCGGGAGAAAAACGCCCAGGACCAGGAGGACAGCGCGUCCGCGGUCCUGGCCCUGCACCUGGCGGCCGGGGACAAGGUGGCCGUCAGCCUGCCCGUCGGGUGCUCCCUCUGCGGCGACGGCGGCCACUUCAACACGUUCAGCGGCUUCCUGCUGUAUCCCACCGAGUGACCGCGCGGCGGUUCCCCGCGUUUGGAUUCACUCGAUGUGCCUGUGCUGACACAAGGGAAUAAAAAGGGCCUUAAACAAA